AUGGCGCGGCUUAGUAAACGUAAACUUAAGGUGUGAUUAUUUCAAUUUGGCAUAAAUUGUAAUAGUACUAUGCGCAUUUCCAUUUGCUUAUAUCAAAAGGCACAAUGUAAUUCCAGAAAUCAUCCCGCCCUGCAGUCUAGCAUUCAGUUAGGCUAUGAAGUGUUUCGUAUAAUACUGAAAAAUGGUUUCCUUAAGUGUUCGUUCUUUAUUUUAUCAUUCAACAGGUGAAAACCCUUUAUAUGGAGAAAAGCAUCGUUCCAUUGUUCAAUUGGCUACUCAGUAUUUGUUCCCCAUGUCUUGGAAAAUAACAUUUAAGCAAUCUCUGUUUCUCAUGUGAGAUUGUUUAUGUCUGUUUGAUACGCCAAUGAAAUUUUUAUGUUCUUUCUUAUGUUUGUUGUUUUGUUUUGUUUUUUUUCAUGCGUAACCGUUGCAAGGUCAAACGAAAAUCACUCUAUCAUGCAAGCAGAUAACUGGAUGAUCUGUUGGGUGCGCGCGAAAUGCAUGAUUCGUCUGCCAGGCAAUGCCAAGAUCUCGGGUGACGAGUGCGAUCUUUGACCGCAACAAAAGAAUAAGGCUCGUCUGAUUGUUAGCUUGACUUAAUAAUAAAUAAAUUAAUUCUUUGAAGACUAUAAUGAUAUAAAUAAUGAUAAUGACGAUGCUGAUGCUGAUGAUGAUGACGACGAUAAUAAUACCUUAUCACCAGUGUUACUUGAACCGGACUGAGAAUCAUUUCAUUUUUGACUCUUUAAAAAAAUGAUGACAGUUUCAAGGAGUUAUUGCUUUCAACGAGUGAUAGUUUAGAUGCUCUUUAGGAACUCAUAACUGGUCGAGAAUUAAUAUUUAGUCUAGUCGCAGAUAUACAUGUAAAGUUAAACCAUUAAGGAAAAGUAGCUAGCAAUUUGCUGAUAUGCAGACUUGUUUGUGCUCCAUAAAAUAACCAAACCAUACAAAAAGGGACUAAAUAUUUUUCAAACAGUGCAAUGAAAUAAUCGCAGUUCCUUUCUGUUAAGGACAGAGGUCCAUAGUUUUACUUUCUCUUUCAGUUCUUCUUUUUCUAUGUUCUUUUGGAAGCUUGACUAAGUUAUCAUUCAUCAAAACUUCGUCAAAGUUGAGGAGACUUCAUUACGAUUGGCAAACAAGCGCUAGCGUUACUCCCAUGUUGUGUAUAAAAAAAAAAAAAAAAAACAGGAAAAUAAGCGCACGCACAGUCGUCCGAGACAUGUUGUUCCUAAUUUUUUUUUUUUUUCACAUUACACCAGUGAAUAUUGGAAAGCGUUUAGUCUCUUAUAAAACACUGGCAUGGCAUCCACAAAAUGAAUAAGAUUAAGUGUAUAGAGCAACCCCUACGCUUCUCUCGUAAUCUCCGAACUUUUCGCAUGUAUCGACGGCUCGAUAUAUUUAACCACUGGUUCCAUGCUGCCAUGCGUCUGUUCAGUACAGUAGUAGAUCACAGACUGACGUGGCGAAUGGUAAAAUCCGAGACUCGCCGAGACGCCGAGAUCCUAGUUAGAGAUCCGGGCCCGAGACUCUUUGGUGAAGAGUUUCGACACUCAAAAAAAGUAAAAGCAAACCAUGAAAAAACGAGACUUCGAGACUUAUCAAAAACGCUUCCGAGAUUUCGAGAUCCUGCCAAAAUUUUCCGAGACCCACGUUUUUCGAGGUACCAUUCGCCACCCCUAAAAGUGUGAAACACGACGGUGAGGAGGUGAGUGUGUCACUAAUGUUCUUACCACACUUUUUGUUCGCUUUUAUUCGUCUUAAACAAGGGAAUAAAAAGAAAUACGACAAAAUGCCUCAUAACCGCUUCUUAAGUGUUCAGUGGAUUAGUUUAGGUAAUUUCCAGGUCAGAAACACUACGUUUCGUCUCUACUUCUCCUUUUCUUCUUUAUCUUACUUGUGGACAGUUUCUCCCAAAACUUUUUUAAGGCCUUCACUAGCUCAAAUAAGAAUAAUUGCCCAAAUAAUUUUUAAAACUGCGAGUUUUUCGUAGCAAGGACACACGAUCAUGGCAACCGCUGUGAAGAUUUCUCAGUUCCAGUUUCCACCUAUAAGCCUGUCAAGCGCCAUUCGUGUGUCUAUAAUGGAUCAUAAGCAAGUUUGACCAGUCACAGAGCGCGUAGCUUUUAAUUUGCUAUGGGCUCUUGCUACAUUGCAUAAACGCACGCUGAGCAUGAACCAAUUCUUACUUGGUAUGCAUUUGUUGGGUAGUCUAUUGUUACGAUUCCAAAAUUAAUCCACUUUAUGUUUUAAAAAGUUAUCAAUUUACGGAAUACUGAUGUGCCAGUUUGAUUUGUCUUGAUUGAAUCACACCACCAGGACAAUAGAUGGAGCUCAUUCAAAGUUUCCACAAAACUAUAUAUACAAUUAUAGGCGCGAAAGGUGUCGUAUAAUUAGCACAAGUGAUAAAUAUAAUAGAAAAUCUCUGACAUAUUGUUAUGGAUUAUUUCUGUGACCAGGCAAUCAGAAGUACAAUAUCUCAAUGAAUUUUGAAUUUAAAAAUCUCUUACAACCAAAAGAAAAAUAUCUGAAGGGCUAAAGCCGUUCUCAUCUAAACAUCUCAGUAACAAAUAAAAUUGCGCUAAUCCUCCAUCUUCUACAACGCGAAGUAACUCAAUAUAAGAGUUGGAAAGAAAGUAACGGAUUUUUAAAAGUAUUAAUUGCGUAAUGUAGUGUUUAGUGUAUGUAGUACUAUUGUGGAAAUUAAAUGUGUAAAGGAAAUCUACAAAAAAAAAGUUUGGAAAAAAGUAAUGAUUAAGCGAGCGUGGGGAGAAAUCAUACACUCAAAAAUGACACGUAAUAUGAUAUCUAGAAAAACAUUCGCUGUAAUUUCGUCCUCACAGCUACAAAUAAGCAAAGAGUCAUUAUUAUCUGCAUAAUGGCAACCAUUGAGAUAGGCGACUUUUGUUUGGUCUUCAGAUCGGUUGACCGGCUGUGACCAACGGGUUCAAGGAUAAACUUAACGGGAAUUAACGCAAUGCACGUACGGUCUCCCUGAGCAACUUAGCAACAGAGACUGGAGAAAAUCACAGAGGAUGCAAGGCUCAUCGGCAUCUAGUCAUGUGGAAAUAAUAAGAUGUAUAAGUCGAGCUUAUACUUGGUGAAUUAAAACGAUGUUAAUUAAAAUAGUACUACUGAUAGCGUACAACAGCUGAAAUCAAAUGGAAAACCUACUGAAAAGUAUCUCUCUUGAGGAUUUGAUCGUAGUACUAGCCGUUAUGGUUACUUCAAAGUCGAGAAUUCUAAACGAGAGGAAAGGUAAGAUAUUUCAGAGGUGACUUUAAGUUCGCGUGCGCUGGCUGUUUUUGCUGUUUCGAAACAUCUUUAUACAAGAGGUCAUAAGACAGACAAAAGAUUCAGUCUGAAGUCGUGCCACUGAAUUCUCUGUUGUGUAUUCUAUACAAAUUGCCAGCCGAGGUUAAAGUUUGUUCCUUUUUGUAUACGUUUUUCGUUUUGCUUUGGUAAAAUAUAUGCCAAAUCAUUUCGCUACUUCUAAACCUAUAUACACUGCAAAUGCAUGGGCAAACUUUUCGCAGUUGUCUUUUCUACUGAACAUUGAGUUCACACAAACCAUGACAAAAUUCUCGUCAGGAACUGAUGAAAACUAAAUAAAUAAAUGAAAAGCUAGCAACGCCUGUGGACAUUAUUCAAUUUUAAUUUGUUCCUACUAAACAUUCAAGUUUACUGUUCAGGUUCCAAGAACUGCACUGUAUUAAUAACAAGGCAAUUUGUGUAAAUAAGACCUUCUAUUUUUUACUACUUAUAAACUGUCUUGGCAUUGAUUAUUUUCAAUCAGUAACGACUCGUUUCGUCCGGAUACACUCGAUUUUUAAAUAACUUUUGUAUUGAGACCACUGAUUGCAUAAUUCUCCGACUUUCAACUUACUGUUUUGUUGUUGUAAGCUGUUUGUUUCGAUCCAACAACAACAACAACAAUAACCUUUAUUUGCAUGACUAUAAUUAUUUACAGUAUUGCAAAAGGUACGUAAGAUAAGAACGAAAAGAUAAAGAAAUAAUUAUGAUAUUAAUAACAGAUAAUCAAGUGACAUAAUUCUUACAUGACAGUACACUGUCGCGCAAAUUAUUCAAUAAUUAAGAUAAAUAUCUUCGGAGUUCAUCGCUCGGUUUAAUGACCAGGUCCGAGUAAGAUAGCUGCUGAAAAUUACGGAGAUGACUUCGUAUUUAAGCAAAAAAUUAAUUUCUAAGUUUUAAAUACUUUGGGCAAUAGCAGAGAAAGUGAAUUUCAUCCUCAAUUUCAUUGGAAUGACAAACAGGGCAUAAUCUUUUGUCUUUGUCUUUGUCAUAAGUUUAUGAUUGCUCACGCGUAAUUUUACCAAAGCCUUUUUAUCGAUUGUUUUUCUAGUAAGGUUUAGAUAACUUGAAAUUUCAUAACAAUGUUUAAAUGUAUUAUAAAACUCUAAUUUCCUUGUAUAUUAGAGAGAUUAAAGGGAACCUCCACUCUUACUACACAAUAAGUUUAAAUCGAAUAAAAUUAUGUUGAUAAACAAAUUUGUUCGAAAUUUGUCUUAAAAAAAGUGUUUAAAUUUUAAAAUCGCUUAUUUUCACUUUCAAAUUUCGCGGGCGCCGCCAUCUUGAAUAAUUGUGACGUGUUACGGUUGCUCUGUUGUUCUUACACAAAGAGCUUUUGUUUAAUAACAAUAGGGCAACCAUUACACGUCACAAUUAUUCAAGAUGGCGACGCCCGCAAAAUUUGAAAACAAAAAUAGGCGAAUCUAAGAGUUAUUUCUUUCGGAUACAAACGCUUUCUUUAAAAAUAUUUUAGAUUGACUUGACUGUAACAGUUAUUUCCUGUGAUUUAAAGUUAUCUUUUUGUUGAAGUUGAGGUUCCCUUUAAGAUUCACGUUUACGCCAAACGGCAAACGUGAAUUUGCACCACGUGACCAAGUUUUCCCCCUAUUUUUCGUUUACCGUUUAUUGCUUCUACACCAAAAUAAGUAGUUUUAUGCUAGUUUUGUCCACAAGAAUCGUUCUGGACCUUUUUUAACUGCUUAUUUUCUAUUCUGAGAAAUUCUCCACUGACGUUUGCCGUUUGCCAUAUGCGGUAAACGUGAAUCUUAAUCUCUCUAUUAACUAAAUACCGCCACUGAGUAAUAAUAUUAUACUUUUGUUUUAUUAUAUCUUUAAAUCUUGAUAUUUUGCUUUUAUCUAAAUUGCUGGGAACAAAAUCUGGUAGAUCAUAAGAUUUGGAUAAUUCAAUAAUAUUACUACAAAAACUAGUAUUGCCAUUAAAAUGAAGAUUUAUAGUCAAGUAAUGCUUGUUUGACAAUAGAUUCUUCAUCCUUCCUUCUCAAAAAGAUACAUAAUGUAGUUAAGAGUUUUUUCAUUGAUGACAACAAUAGACCUAUUUGGCCAAUUCAAACCCUUUGCGGAUAAAACGUUUUGUUUUAGGAAUUUCCAUAUCAUUUAAAUGUGAAUGCGACAUUAUAAUGCAAAUACAAUACACAAAGAAUCUUAACCCCGGGAGAUUUGAAUUGUUUACAACAUUGAGUUACGACGACGAACAUAUAACUCCGAAUUAACUUCGAAAUGUAUAGGUAGCCUUUGUCAAAUAAAUCGCGUAAAAUACCUGUUUGAUAGGCGUACGUUGAUCACUAUAAUUAAUUCCCUCGUAUUCAGUAAAUUACUGUAUUGUUCAUCAGCAUGGGCUAAUACCACCAAGAAAAACAUCGAGCUAUUACAGACAGUGCAAAAUUUUGCAGUCCGGAUAGUUUCUGGAACAAGGAAAUUUGAUCAUGUUACACCUAUUCUUAAGCAGUUACAGUGGCUGCCAAUUGUUAAACAACUUAAGGUUAGGGAUGCUACCAUGGUAUUCAAAUGCUUAAAUGGACUUGCACCUCCAUAUCUUUGUCAGAAGUUUAAACCAGAUCGGAAGUGCACAACUUCAACACUAGGAAUAGGGACCGCCUACAUAUACCACUCUGUAGGACGGCUGCAGGUCAGCGCGCGUUUACCUUCAGAGGCCAAAGGCUGUGGAAUAGUCUCCCAGACGAGUUUCAGUCUAUCACUAACUUAGAUGUAUUUAAGGUUGAAAUAAAACAGCAUUUUUAAGGGUAUUUUUGGAAAACUAAGUUUUAGCUAUUUGACAUUGUAAAUUAAGCUGAAAAGCCUUUUUGAGGAGAUUAAUAAAGUUAUUAUUAUUAUUAUUAGUUAGCCGAAUAUGUCUAUUAAUGGAAAUCUACCUAAUUCACCUCCACAUGCCGCGUUAGGAGCCUUAUUACCUACUACCAAGUAUCGCUUGCAGAGGACCCAGUUACGUCAGGAGAAACUGCCGCGAAACUGAGCUUUCAAGAACUGGCGAGAGGGCCCUUGGGAUGCUACUCUAAAAGAACCAGCUCCACGACUUAUUCGAAUGCUUGUCUGUGAAUGGGCACCAAAAAUAAUUUUGUAAGCAAUAAGAGGCCAACAUCUAUCACACGCUGCUUUUGUGAUCUUCUUAUACGAAGAGUUUUACCCACAACCACGACUUUUCGCCGUACAUGUUUGGCUUUUUGCAGGAGAGCUUUUUCCGAGAAGAGUUUUCAGCGCAAAUGGGGCCCACAAAACCACAGAAAUUCUAUAAGUGGUAUAGUUUUUCCGUAUAAACUCAUAUAUUUAUUACGCAUGCAGCAAUUUCAUACUCAUUUCACACAAAUAGAUGAUAUCAAUAGAUCGAGUGGAAACAUACAUGGAAAGGGUUACACGGAAAUCUUUCCCGAUAAUUUAGCAUGUCAGCCUCCGAAUAACCGUUGCCUCUUUUAAGUCGAAAAUCAAUAAGCGCCGCGGGGCUCUUUCAAAAAAUAUAUAGAGGAUAUUAUACGGUGGCGCGAAGAUAUGAAUUUUAUUUUCGAGUGAACAAUAUUUUACGAACGAGCGCAGCGAGUGAGUAAAAUAUUGUUUUUGCCACGAGAAAAUAAAAUUCAUAUCCUCUAGCUGCCGAUCUCGGAGAUGAAUUGGUCGCUUGUAUUUGGAUUAAAAGCAAAUCUCGACCUCUUCGCUUCGUCGAAGGCCUCUCGACUGCUAGUCAAGAAUCCUCGCAGUCAUCUGAACUGUUAGUCAAAAAGCCAGAUAUCAAACUUUGCAUGUUUAGAAUCUGGGGCGGACUUUCCAGCUGCUGCGAUACAAUGGUUAUAUUAAUACGCAAAGAGUAAGGUUCUAUAAGAAUAAGGCUGACAUGUAUAUUUAUUAGUUGGUUUGAUUUCAUUGCUUUUUUGUUUAUUAAAUUCUCACGAAACUCACCAAUCCAACCUUUUUAAACAAGAUUCAAAUUGCUACUUAUUUAGCUUCAUCCAUAAAUAAUCAGUGAAUUUCCGGCGAGUCUGGUCUAGAGAUUCUCGCAACACAAAAUGCACAACGCUAAAAAAGGUUUAGUAGUUCAGUUAUAAAAUCGAUCAUUGUUAAUUUGUUACAGUAUGAGUAGUAUCGCCAAUAUAAAAUCUGUCAGCAAUGUUCAUCUGUUAUCAGAAAAAUGUAAUUCGUGUGAAAUUUUGAUAGGUUUUCCUUACGCUUGAAUUAACAUUCGCUCGCUUUAUUAAUGCUUUAUUGACAUUUUUUUCCUUCUGUGACGUUUUUUGGUUUUAUAAUACAGUAUCUGUUCUUUUGUGUGCGUGCGGUGCGAUUCCAGAACACACAAAACAGAUGAAACUGGAUAUAAACCGGACAACAACGUUGGUUUGUGUAUUUAAAAAUUUCCGGAUAUAGUAAAUUAAAAAAGGAGAGAAGUAAAAUUACUGACCUCCACUUUCGAUAAGUUAGGCUUUGCCCGUGAAAUGUUUCCUUUCCUCACGAUUGGGCAUAUUUGGAAAACCCAUAAACAAGCUUAAAAAAUAUGUAUAUCAUAUCAAUCUUUCCUCACGCUGGUUUUGAAAUUGGUUUUGUGUCGACGCCUUUACUUGGACCCAGACUCCUGAAUCCAGUUAUUACUUUUGAUGGCAGUAGAUCAAUCGACUCGCUCUUACAAAUAGGAAGGCGAUGUAAAACGACACAGUAAACGGAAUUAACCUUACUGACAGUUGCUUGCAUUUGAAUUUUCUUAUCUCCAGAUCAGAUGAAAAUUGGAUACUAGCAUCCCAGUUGUAUUAAGAAGCCAUGUCAGUUUACAGCAAUUCCGAUUCAGCUGAAGUUGUAUUAAUAGUGGUCCAUUCUGUACUCGUCAUCGUAAAUAUUGCCGGAAACGUUCUGGUCUGUGUCAUCAUUCUGAGGAAUCGAGAUAUGAGGUAUGCGGGCAAAAAAAAGGUGCUUGAUUUUAGAGAGGAAAUGUGACUGCUUUUCUUUGGGACGAAGGAAAUUGACGGUAUAUACGGGUGUCCGUAUUAAGCGGGUGACCUACUGUACCCUAUUCUUCAUGUACUUUCUGAGCAGCUAUAACAUAUUGUCAAUGCUUUAUUCUACAGGACUUCACUCAACUAUCUUAUUCUUAAUCUGGCUGUUGCUGAUAUCACAACAGCCCUAUUUUUAUCACCAAAGUACAUAUUUUCCCACUUCAUCGCACACCCAGAAGGAGCAGCAGGCACCGCGCUCUGCAUUGCGUUGACUGGUGGAAUCAUUGGAUGGGUCGGCGCUGCCACUGGAGUAUUUUGUUUGGUUACUAUAGCUGUUGAACGUUACUACGCCGUGGUUUAUCCAUUUGAAAACAUGGAGGCGCUUAGUAAACGUAAACUUAAGGUGUGAUAAUUUCAAUUUAUCAUAACUUGUAGUAGUACUAAGUGUAUUCGUAUUUCGAUUACCUUAUAUCAAAAGCCAGAAGUUAAUUCGAGAAAUCAUCGCGCCUUGCAGACUAUUCAAUUUUAUGAAGCGUUUCGUGUGACACUGAAAACUGGUUUCCUUAAGUGUUCGUUAUUUAUUUUAUCAGUCAAUAGAUGAUGGCAAGAUGAUCUCCCUUUAACUGGAGAAAAGUAUCUUUCGCGUGUUCGAUUAGCAACUCAGUAUCUGUUCCCCAUGUCUUGGAAAAUAAAUUUUCAGCAACCUUUUUUUUUAAGAGAGAUUAUUUUUGUCUGUUUGAUAGACUAAUCAUAUUUUUAUAUUCUUUUUUGUUUGUUGUUUUGUUUUGUUUGUUUGUUUUUUCCAUGCGUAUAUAACCGUUUCAAGGUCAAUCGAAAAUCACUCUUGACUAUCAGGCAAGCAGAUAACUGGAUGAUCUAAGGGCUUCGCGCAAACUGCAUGAUUCGUCUGCAAGGCAAUGCCAAAUUCUCGGGUGGCGAGUGAGAUCUUUACACGCAGCCAAAGAACAUCGCUAGUCAGAUUGUUAGCUUGGUUAAAUAAGAAAUAAAUAAAUUGUUUUUAAGACUAUACUGAUGCAAAUAAUGACAAUGAUGAUGAUGAUGAUGACGAUAAUAAUAAGUCAUCAUCAGUGUUACUUGAACCGGACUUACCAUUAUUUCCUUUUUUACACUUUUAAAAAAAUGAUAGCAGUUUCAAGGAAUUUUUGCUUUCAACAAGCGACAGUUUGGAUGCUCUUCGUGAACUUAAGUAUAAUUGGUCCAGAAUUGAUAUCCAGCCUAGUCGCAGAUAUAUAUGCUGAUUUGUGUGCGCUUCAUAAAAUAACCUCACCAUAAUUACUCCCUUGUUUUGCUUGAUAUCAAAACAGGUGAUAAUUCUUAGUACUUGGAUUUUUGGGAUUAUCUUCAAUAUUCCAUCGUUCAUGUACAGAAGAUAUAACGAAUAUUGGAAUUACUGCAUCAACACGUGGCCAAGAGAGUGGGUCGGCAAGGCCUACGGUCUUUAUUGGUUUUGUCUGGCAGUCCUCUCUACUUCUCUCAUAGCCAUAUUGUACUUCCGUGUGGUGUACACUUUGUGGUUCAAACAUGAGGACAGGAGAGAAAACAAUACGCAACAGAAGGUAAAGUGAUUUAAAAACAUUAUUGGGUAUUGGAUAGUAACCCAUAUGGGAACACCACAUAGUUGUCCUAUAUAUUAUAGGGAUGAUGUUUAUCACUUAGUGCAGGUUAUUAUGCAUAUUUCAAUGUACAUGACAUGAUUUAUAUAGGCAAGAAAUAGGUAGACUGUGUGAUAUGCUGACUCAGAGUAAUACAAAUUCCUGAUAGUGCUUUAGCUCUACCUUCAGUUUAAAGUAAUAGCAUGCGCAUUUCCAAAGGUAUCUGCGUUUUGUUAUUUUAAAAUAUAUAGAUGGUUUUCACAGUGACGUCAUCAAAUUGUAAAGUCAAAAUAGCGAGGUUUUACGAAUUCUUAUUUACACUAGGUUGAUGAUAAACAAAAAGUUAAUCUUUGUGCAAGUUUUCAGUCCCAUAGCAUGUUUCAUUUCGAAAAUACAGCAAUUUGAACUUCCGAGUUUUCACAGUGCGUGACACCAAACUAGGAAUGCUGUCUCCUUGAAAAAAAGUCCCUCCUCUUGAUUUUCAGUAGUAUAACCAUUUCAAGUAUUAGAAGAUAUGUUUAUGCUCACGUAUGCUAGUUCUCAAGUGAAAAGAAGAAGCUUUUACAGAAAAAGUGUACUCCAGAUGUUUUUGUUGAUUUUCGGCGGCCAUAUUGGUGCACCAAAACUGUGCACCAAUAUGGCGUCUCCAUACAAAGCUCUACAAAGAUGCGUGAAACAUUUCGGCAAGUAACUCAGAAACUGUGGGCCAAAAAGACCUGAGACUUGGAUAAAUUGUUUAAAUAUUAGUCUUUCAUAACAUAUCAUUUUCUUGGCUUCUUUCACUGGACGGUUUUCAAUUUAUUUUUUUGUUGCGUGACAGUGAAAACGACCUAUAUGUUGAUGCUGUCUUAGUGUUAAACUGAACAAAGAAACUGCACUGAAAGAGCGCACGCUUGCAUGAGUUUCGAAUCAGUUCCCAGGGUACUUAAAUUUAAUCUUUAAACGGGAAUUUUUUCUGGGAACAAAAGCAUCAAGAUUUCUGCAGAUAGAACCCUAACCCUAACCCUGACCCCACCCCCCACCCCCCACCCCUUCUCUGAAGGUCUGGAUCCGCCACUAUGCAGUAACUAGUGCGCGACGAAGGCCGCGCCGAGACUCUGAAUUCUGCAAACGUUUAAAAGGUGAGAAGCUAAAUGGAAGUCAGAAAGUCUGUUUAAAUGUGAGUGAGUAGGCAUGAAAUUACUUUUUUGGGCUUUAAAAAAAUGCGUUUAAUUGAUGGCGGUCAUAACCGGGUAACCCCAAUAACGGAAUUGCAACGCAAACUUCAUCUCUCUUGUGCCUGUCUAAUUGUUUGUUUGUCUUUUUUUUUUUAAUAACAGGCGGUUCUGAAGAUGCGAAAACGAGCUACCUUAAUGGUCAUACUUGUCAGUGUUGUCUUUGGAGUGUGUUGGGUGACUGACAGGACCAACUACCUUAUGGUACAGUUUUAUUCCCAUACGGGUGCAUUUCUCUCCCUAGCGGCAUCCAAUACGAUGGUUUUGGUCAAUUCUGCUAUCAAUCCAAUUGUAUAUGCAUUGGUCAACUAUCGUUUCAGAGAAAAGGCGAAGAGGAUGAUACAAGUUCGUUGCUGCCGCACAGCAGUUCGCCCUGCCGGUGGACUGCAGGUGAUAGCAUCUCAGUCACGCAGGGCAGGUGACAUCUCCAGUAAAUGUUAG